AUGUCAGGAUUUCCAUCUAAUUUGCGUAGUAUGUUGGGUAAUUUGCAUGGGUUUGGAGGUUUAAUGGCACAGGAUCCGGACGCUCCAAUACCAGAUACAUCAGAACAGGUAUAUAUAUCGUCACUGGCUUUAUUAAAAAUGCUGAAGCAUGGAAGAGCUGGGGUACCUAUGGAAGUAAUGGGACUUUUGUUAGGAGAAUUCAUUGACGAUUACUCAGUACGUGUGGUGGAUGUAUUUUCAAUGCCUCAAUCAGGUAAUAGUGUAAGUGUAGAAGCAGUAGACCCGGUUUAUCAGACAGAUAUGUUGGAAAUGUUAAAGAGAGUUGGAAGGUCUGAGUUAGUUGUGGGAUGGUAUCAUUCCCAUCCAGGUUUUGGAUGCUGGUUUUCAGGUACAGAUGUAAGUACUCAGCAAAGUUUUGAGCAGUUGAAUCCAAGAGCUGUAGGUAUUGUUGUAGACCCGAUUCAGUCUGUAAAGGGGAAAGUUGUGAUUGACUGUUUUAGACUGAUUAGUCCUCAGUCAGUAAUUGCAGGCCAGGAGCCUAGACAAACAACUUCUAAUAUAGGGCACCUUCAAAAACCUUCAAUAACGGCUUUAGUUCAUGGACUCAACCGAAACUACUACUCUAUUGCUAUUAGAUAUAGAAAAAACCUUUUGGAACAGAAGAUGCUUCUGAAUCUUCACAAACCUACAUGGAACGAACCACUAAGAUGCGAAAAGGAAGAGAACUUUAACGAAAGGACAAACAAGAUGAUCAAGAGAAUUUGCGAAACUAGCAAGCAGUAUCAUGAAUCUACCAAGCUUGGGCUUUCAAAGACCCCCAAGGAACUUGAACUAGAGAAUUUCGGUAAGAUAGAUGCUAAAAAGAGGUUGAAUGCUGACGUUGAAACCGUGUUGACUGACAACAUUCUCCAGAUUCUUAAAUCAAACAUCGCCUCUUCUGUAUUUUAA